AUGGCUUACAAGCAGCAUAACCAGACCCGUCAUAUCCCGCUACCGAGCAAACCCCCUGUGCUUGUCAAGGAUUGGGAAGCUAUUAACAAGCAUAUAGCUGAAGCCUUGUCUAAUGAGGUUUUACGAGUACAACGAGCAACCAAAGAUCUCCAGAUCCAGAGACAUGACAGCAUCUACACCGGAAUAUCAGGAAUAGCAAUGAUGGAGUAUCACCUGGCCGGGAUAUCGAUCCCGCUUCAGCAUGAUGCAUUGACGCCAAAAAGUCUCAUUCAUGUUGCCGAUCAACAUCUAGCGCGCGUAAUCCGCUAUCGUCCUCCUUACGUUUACUCUUUUAACCGUCUUUCUUUUAUUGAAAGCGGCGUCGGCAUUGCUGCUCUUGUGCUUUCCCGAGGCUUGUGGACUUCGGAGCCGACAAUUGUCGGUAAUUGGAAGGCGGCAAAGGACUUCCUAGAAUCGAAUGUUGAGCAGGUCCUUUUGGAGGACGCUGAACUUUACUCGCCCGGCGAGAAAGAAGAUGGAUGUGAAGUUUUGUAUGGGCGUGCAGGCCUGCUCUACGCACUUUUGUACCUUCGAAAUUCAAUAAGCGGGAAGCCACAUCAUGAAAUUGCAUCGCUGGAGAACUUAACUUCGGACAGUAAUCUAGCUCGUCUUGUCGAUUCUAUUAUGAGCCGAGGCAAACACGGCGCGUUCUCCCUCGCUUCGGAAUUCAGAAUGGAUGAUCAACCCCAACUCCCCCCUCUGAUGUGGACCUGGCAUCGCAAACGCUAUCUUGGAGGCGCACAUGCUGGCAUCUUGCAGAUAUUAUUAGCAUGUCCUGGCUCAAUCAUCCAGAAGCAUCUUUCAGAAAUCCUUGGAACAAUAAGAUGGCUCAUAACUUGUCAAGAUGAAGCUGGAAACUGGCCGUCGAAAUGCCCUACUCAACGGGGCGUCAGUUCCGAAAAUGAGCUCGUCCAGUGGUGUCACGGUGCUCCCGGAGUAAUCAUCCUUCUUUCUACAACGCUUCGUGUGCUUCACGAUCACGAAGGCUUCGCGGCAGACGGCGUUCGAGACGAUAUUGUUCGAUCUAUACAACAGGGCGCCCGUUUUGUCUACAAGCAUGGUCUGCUCCGCAAGGGCGUUGGCCUCUGCCAUGGGGUCGCAGGCUCGGUCUACGCUCUGUUGGCAGCGUCGGAUGCGCUCGAUUCGUCUUCUAAUAAACGUUUCUUUGCUAAGGCCGCGCAUCUAGCAUUUCUCGCCACUCUUCGUGAAGACCUGACUACUUCGAAAGAAAUGUUAAUUCCUGACCAUCCUUGGAGUCUAUAUGAAGGAAUUGCUGGAGCAUGCUGUGCAUAUGCGGAAGUCUUAUCUCGUCUAGAUUCAAAUGACUCUCGUAGGUCCGUCAGCGGCUUUCCUGGAUAUAACGAUUUUUGUGGGAUAUGA